ACAUAGAUAACUGAGCGUACAGACCUACGGUUUCGUUGCUGAUCAGGAUAAGCCAUCAGGUUCCUCCAACUCGGGUCACGCUGCACUGAGACACUCUGAUGACAAGUAUCGAAGACGUCCUCGUCCAUUUGGGGCCAUGGCACUUCUGGAUCAUCCUGUUCUGCUUUCUACGUGGGCUACCGACAGCGUAUCACACAAUGGCUCCAACGUUUGCGGCUCCAUCACUUGACCACUGGUGCGCUAAGCCAUCCGUACUCGUCAACUGGACUAGUGAGCAGUGGAGGACGAUCGGAAUCCCGCUGGUUGAUAAAGGGUAUGGCACCUUGGUCCCUAGCAGGUGCGAAAUGUAUGCAGUUGAAGAGGUCGAAGGCGUUGUCCGUGUGCUUAACCGCACUAUAGAACGUUGCUCUCACUGGGACUAUGACCUAGGGGAGUACACUCACACACUAACCAACCAGUUUGACUUGGUCUGCGAUCGCGUCUGGCUACGAGCUGCCUCGCAGAGCUUCUACAUGGCUGGUUUGAUGGUAGGAAGCUUCGUUUACGCCCACGUAUCAGACUGGUACGGUAGGAAGACUGCUCUCGCCUUGAUGUUGCCCGUGCCGCUGGUUGUAGGGUGCAUAACAGCUUUUUCCACGUCGUUCUUGAUGUAUAACAUUGGAAGAAUGCUGGCAUCUUUUGGAUUCGGUGGUCUCUACAACACGAGCUAUACGCUGAUGAUGGAAUCCGUCGCAGCCCAGCACAGAGCACUGGGAAUAUUUCUACUGGGUGGCGGGUGGACGACUGGGCUUCUGACUUUGGUGGCCUUCGUGUGGUUUAUCAGAGACUGGUUCUACCUCCAGCUGGCCAUCUCUCUCGCCGUUAUCCUCAACGUCAUGCUGUGGUUUUUAAUCAGCGAAUCUCCUCGGUGGCUUCUAGCAACUCAGAAGUUUGACAAGGCACGGGAGGUUCUCGAUCGUGUCAUAAGAGUAAACAAAGUCAGGAACUGUAGUGCGGAAUCUAUAGUUAAAGAUUAUAGGGAUACGAAGACAUCGAAGGAAAACAUGACGUCAAAACCCACAUUUAUUCACCUGUUCAGCUCGACCAGUCUUCGAAAAGUAUCCAUAAUCGUAUCUAUCAUGGCUAUCUGCAACACCCUGGAAUACUACAACUUGACGUACACGAGCAUUCUGCUGGGAAGCAACCCGUACCUGAGCUUUGCUCUCGUGGCCCUCUCGGAAUUUCCGAGCCGUAUCAUGACUGUGUUUCUUGUGAAGUACGUUCGAAGACGGACAACGUACAUGACGAUGUAUACGAUGGGGGCUGUGUGUUCUGGCGCUGCCAUCUUCGUUUCAGAAGAACUGUGGUGGCUCCAGCUGACUUUUGUUGUCCUCGCCAAGCUGGGGACCUCCUGUGCAGGCGCUGUGUGCAUGGUACAACUGCCCGAAAUGUACCCGACUAGGAUCCGCACGUUGGCGACAGGAUUCUCCAUUACAAUGAGCAGAGUGGGGGCAAUGAUUGCUCCUUUCACAAAAGAACUGGGUGUCACUUUUAACCCUUGGGUGCCCAGAGCUGUGGACGUCGGAGUCUGUGCACUGCUACUCUUGUUGGGAACCUUGCUUCCCGAAACGUUCAACUUGGAACUGCCGGACACUAUGGAGGACGUGAAGCUACGAAGGAGUAAGGGAGAUGUGAAGACACCUGCAGAGACCGAAGCUUUACGACGAUAAUAUUGUAAAACCGAUCUACGUACAGGAGGCGCCCUACUUGAAUACACCCACCGCAAAUGUAAAUUAACACACUGAAGAGACGGUAGUAUCACAAAUGUCUGAAACCUCUGGA